UGGAGUGAGGAAUGCCUCAGUUACUUACGAGUUCAGAGAAAUCGCCAGAUUCCAGUGUCAAUUUAGAAGCCUGUGAUCUUGACAAUUGUGUUUUUGCCUCUGAAUGGGGUUUCCUUGAAGAACUGCUUAAGAAGAAUUUCUUUAAAGCAUAGACCUCUCUGGAGCUCCUAUUUAAAAAAAAAACAAAAAACCCAAAACAACUUAUAGAAGCUCAAAUGGCUCUAGAAUCCAGAGAGACUGCAGCACUGAAUCCCCAGAAUCAAGCAGGGAAAGAGAGGCUUCAAGUAGUAAAGGUAGAGAAAUUAGAGGAUUGUGUAUGGGGAAAGAAAGACAGCCAGAAGAGGAACAGCCCUUCCACCCAGGAGAUCUCCCGCCUGCAGUUCAGGCAGUUUGGCUACAGUGACACCCCUGGACCCCGAGAGGCUCUGAGCAAACUCCGGGAACUUUGUCAUCAGUGGCUAAGACCGGAGAUACAUACGAAGGAGCAGAUUGUAGAGCUUCUGGUCCUGGAACAGUUCCUGACUAUUUUGCCAGAGGACCUGCAGACCUGGGUGAAAGAUCAGCAUCCAGAGAAUGGAGAUGAGGUGAUAAUCAUGCUGGAGGAUUUGGAGAGACAGCUUUUUGAACCAGGACAACAGGUUGCAUCAAGCACACAGAGAGAGGCAGGGGCCUGGGAGAAGAUGGCACCCUUGAGAGCAGCACAGAAUGCACUGAAUGUCCAGCUUCAGCCUAUGAACGCCCAGAUCAAGUGUGAGUCUCCAGAGCCCCAGUUCCUGCAAGAAAGAGAUUUUGAGACUAGUACCAAGUGGACUCUUCCAAAGCAGGAACUUUCAGAGGAAGAGGAGUCACAAGAGAGGCUAUCUGGAAGAUUCCCAGUGGAUGCUUACAAGGGAACCAAGGUUGGAGAAGCCUAUGAAUGUGAAGGCACUCUAGACAAGCAACAGGGAAACAAAGUGGAGAAAGUAGAGGGAUCCCUUUCUCAGGAUGGAAGUUUUGUGGUAGUGACCAUCCCUUCUGAAAAAAUUCCCUUAGGAGAGAAUGGCCAUAAAUAUGAUGAAUGUUUGUGUAAUUGUCAUUUGAACUCAAACCUGGUUACACGACAAAGAAUUCCAACAGGAGAGAAACUCUAUGUAUCUGCUACAAAUGACCAAAACUCCAGACAGAAUUCAUCUUCUAAUGUGCAUCAGAAGAAUCAGACUGUCUGGAAACCUUAUGAAUGUAAUGAAUGUGAGAAAACCUUUAAGCAGAACUCAGAUCUUAGAAAACAUCAGAGAAUUCAUAUGGGAGUGAAACCUCACAAAUGUACUCAGUGUGGGAAAGCAUUCAGUCAAAGCUCUGUUCUUAGGAAGCAUCAAAGAAUUCAUACAGGAGAAAAGCCCUAUACAUGUGAUGAAUGUGGGAAAGCCUUCAGGGGGAGCUCAGACCUUAUUCAGCAUCAGAGAAUUCACACUGGAAAUAAACCCUAUGAAUGUAGUGAAUGUGGGGAAGCUUUUCGUAGGAGCUCACACCUUGUUCAACAUCGAAGAAUUCAUACUGGAGAAAAACCCUAUCACUGUAGGGAAUGUGGGAAAGCCUUCAACCACAGCUCUUCCUUUAAUCAACAUCAGAGAAUUCAUACUGGAGAGAAACCCUAUGGGUGUAAUGAAUGUGGGAGAACCUUCAGUCAAAGCUCAUCUCUUACUCAACAUCAGAGAAUUCACACUGGAGAGAAGCCCUAUGAAUGUAAAGAAUGUGGGAAACCCUUCAGGCAUAGGUCGGCCCUUAUGAAACAUCAGAGAGUACACACCAGAGUUUAACCUUGUGCAGAUUUUGAAUAUGAGGAAUCUUCUGGUAACUUUGCUGCUUCUAAGUUCAGAAAAUGCAUGAGGUCCUCAAGGGCAGAACCUAUGUUUGUGUUACUGUGUAUGACUAUCACCUGAGUUCCAUGUGCCUAUGAUACCUUUCUUAGGGUUUCUUUGGUGAUUGACUAAUCUAUGUUUCUUGCUAUUUGUUAUUUAAAGUAUUUACUGUUACUGUUGUCAAUAGUUAUCUUCUAAGGGGGUAGGUAUAUGAUUUUUGCCUCUUUAGAAAGGAUGGAAUUCAUAUCCCAGGAAAAUGAAGAUUGUACUUCAGGGGAUCAGUGCAGUUUUGGGUGGUCAGUGCCCCUUCUUCAGGAUGUAUAAUGUAGGCGUCUGAGUUCUCUGAAAUGAAUUGGGGACAAUUUUUUAAGAAUGUCUAAGUAGACAGUUACUGGCCUAGAGGAUAGUACGAUGACAACUAUUUAUGGUUCACAGUCAUUUUGACCUAUAUCUGGGAAGAAGAGACUGGAUCUUGAGGCAGGUAGAAAGAGCAUUCAGCAUAAUAAUAGUCCUGAUGUCCGUUAAUGAUUACCACUACCACCCCGCUUCUUCCCUUAGCCAGAAGUCACCUUGUAUCAUGACCACUCAGGCCUUGAGGUCUCUGUCCUGAGAACUACACUCCUCAGUCUCUCUGGCCCAUUGUGACAUCUCAUUUCCUUACUACAUUCUUCAGGGAGAGAGUAUGCCUUAACCACUGUCUUAUACCUUAACCCAUUUUCUCUCAUGUUAGUGCUGAAAAACCAUGAUUUAGAAGAGCAGUUACUGACUUAGUUCCUAGAAUAGGUACCUAGUCUAUGGAUACUUUAGGCCCUUGUGCCUCUGAGAAGGCAGAGAAAAUUCUGUUCAGCUUCUUAGUCUCUGAAAGUCCCGAUUUUCCACAGUGCUGUGGGUUUGGCUUGAGUGACUUAAUUUUUCUCCUGAUUUGUGACUCUAUAAUAGACUUUUCGAACUAUAGUGUUGGAAAGAGAUUUUACUUUGUACCUUUCUUUGAUCAGUCAGUGCCCUGAAAGCUAUUGCUACAGAGGAGUGGGUGCAUAGGUAUGCAGUGUGCAUGUAUGUGUUGCAAGCACAUGUUUAUUUUUGUUGGCUACCCAGUGUUUUUUUUCCUUUGUGACCUCCUUUCCACAGCCUCCCAUAAAAGCUUAUGCAUAUCCUCAUUCUGAACAAGGUAGAAGAACUUGUCUUGGCAUAUAUCUAUCUAUCUAUCCAUCCAUCUGUAUCUGUAUAGAUAUAGAUAUAGAUACAUAUACAUAGAUAGAUUUAACUUGAAUUGUCUCCUAACAUCAGAAUAUGUUACUGCUCUUCAAUACAUCCUGCUUUAUGACACCAGAUAGGGGGAUGUAGCCUUGGGAAUUUGGAAGAAAGUACUUUGAUAACUGUACCAACAGAGCUCAGCUUGGACAAGCUAUGCAGCUCAAGGAUAGGCCAGCAGCAUGGAUGCAGUGGCAACUGAUCAGUCAGGAACUCAAGUGUGGAGAAUGGACAAGGGGCCAGCAUCCCUUCCACUAACUUAGGGAAAUGGCAUCACAGCCAUUUUGUGAUGGAAUGGUCAGCAGUCUCUGGAUAUAGAAAUAUUUCUUUUAGACCAAUUAAACCAUAUCAUUAGUCCCUGUCCAGGAUAUGAAAAUGCCAAGCAGUGGGCCAAAAUAAAAAGACUAAAACCCUAAAAGGGUUAUGGCUCCAAUCCUCGGUCGCUAUAGAAUUAGAAGGAAGCACCAUAGUUUUUGGAUGGUAGGAGAGAGGGUUGUUGGCACCUGGACUAUAUAAUAAGGACUGUGAGGCCUAAGGUAGAGAUAGGAGGGAAGGUAGUUUGAUCCUAAGGACUAUUAAUCUAGCUCCUGGACAUAAAAUGGUAUGAUACAUAUUUUAUUUUUAUUUAUUUCUUAAU